CUCAACAGAUAGCAACAACCAUUUUUUUACGGGAUGCCGUUACAUUAGUCAUUGUGGUAGUGUCUUAAGUUACCGCAAAUCUAAGAUUAGUUCAGUGUAGUUAGUUCAUAGACGUAGCGUUACAAUGUGGAAAUUCAAAUUUCUUGUUUUAUUUUCAUUAUUAGGUUCAGUUCGGUGUUACAAUUUUUUGGGAAUAUUUCCGUUUUCAAGUAAAAGCCAUAUGCAAAUGUUUUCUAGUUUAGUGAAGGAACUGGCCGCUAAAGGACAUAAUGUAACUGUCGUAAGUGUGUUUCCGGAGAAUGGUAAAGUUCCAAACUACACUGAUAUAGAUAUUAGUAAUGAGAUUCCCUCUAUAAUGGAUUCUAUCGAUAUGUCGUCUUUGAAAACAAAUUCUAGAUUAUCUAAAUAUCUUACCAUGUUGUUUUUAUCAAAAAUGGCCGAUAUGACUUGCCAAGGAUUAUCUUCGGAAUUAUUGCGAAAUUUUUUGAAUACCUCAGGAAGUUUUGACGCUAUUAUAACAGAAGACUUCAAUUCUGAAUGUUAUUUUAGCGUGUUUAACAAAAUUAACGUUCCGGUGAUAGGAAUGAGUUCUUCUGGUAUUUUACCAUGGGUAUAUACCCACUUUGGAAUACCCUGUAAUCCAGCAAUCGUCCCCAACAUAUUAUUACCUUACACAAACAAGAUGUCGUUUUUUCAACGAUUGGAAAAUACUUUGGUUACAUUUAUGUACAACAUGUGGUUCAAAUUUCACAGACGAGAAAAGGAAAAACAAAUUGUCAGAUCGUAUAUGGGAGAAGAAGCGUCAAACUUGGAAAGUUAUACUCAAAAUCUAAGACUUUUAUUAGUAAAUACACAUUAUUCACUAACUUUGACCAAACCAACGGUUCCAAACGUCAUUGAGGUUGGCGGUAUUCACAUUACACAACCAAAAGUUUUACCUAAGGAUUUAAAAGAUUGGAUCGAGGGAUCAACAGAUGGCGUUAUAUAUUUUUCCAUGGGAUCUUUAUUGAGAGGUUAUACUUUUCCUAUUCAAAAGCGCGAGGCUUUCAUUAAAGCAUUCAACUCACUCCCUUAUAGAGUUUUAUGGAAAUUUGAGAACGAAACAAUGGAAGGUGCCUCAGACAAAAUAUUAGUGCGAGAUUGGUUGCCUCAACUGGAUAUAUUAUGUCACCCCAAUGUUAAGCUAUUUAUUUCACAUGGUGGUUUGCUUGGUAUGCUUGAAUCAGUAUAUUGUGGUGUUCCAAUGAUUAUAAUACCUCAUUUUGGUGAUCAGUUCAACAAUGCUGCUGCUUUGGAAGCGAAUGAAGGAGGAAUUAUACUGAAUGUUCCUGAUAUUACAGAAGCCACUGCCUUACGAACUAUCAAGGAUGCAAUAAAUUUGUCGAGAAAUGCGAAAAUCUUAUCAGAAAGAUUUAAAGAUCGACCUCUACCACCACUGGAAACCGCCGUCUACUGGACUGAAUACGUUGUGAGGCACAAAGGAGCCUCUUUUAUGAAAUCUGCAGCUGUUGAUAUGCCUUUUUAUCAGUAUUAUUUACUAGACGUACUUACAUUUUUGGCUUGUAUACUAACAAUCACAUUAUGUCUUAUUAUUUAUAUUUGUAAAUUGAUAUUAAGAAAAGUAGGAUACAGUCUCAAUAGAAUGAAAUACAUCAUUUUUUUCUCUGAAUGUGUUUUUGCUAGAAAAGGAAUUCUAGUAAAUUAUGAAAACAUGGGAGCAGCAUUAAAAUUUUUAGUUUAUAUCGAAAUGUAUUGCUUGAAAGUGAUAAUUAUCAUUCUAUCUAUUUUAAGUGUUUGUAAUUGUUUGAAUAUAUUAUUUAUGAUUACAUUUUUUGGCAAAAGUCACUAUUUGGCUUUCGAGUCACUCAUCAAACAAAUGUCAAAGAAAGGACACAAUGUUACGGUGAUAAUAAAUACAAAAAUUAAUGAAAUUGGUGAUUAUCGUGUAAUUAAUAUAAUGGAUGACUCUGUGAAUAAAACGGAAGUUUUAUCAAUGAACAUUGCUACAGAACUGAGAACGGACCUUUAUAAAAGAGUUCUUAAUCAAAGAGAGUAUUCAAAUCAGUGUUGUUCCAAAAUGAAAAGUAAAAAUUUCCUGAAUUUUUACAAUGAAAAUGUUACUUUCGAUAUUAUAGUCGCCGAAGUGUUCAAUACAAAUUGUUUUUUUGGACUACAAGCUAAAUUUAAUGCUCCAAUUGUAGGUAUUUCAACCACAGAUUUUCUUCCAUGGAUGUACCAAUGGUUCGGUUGUCCAGAAAACCCAUCGUAUAUUCCAGUUCUUUUUAUGGAUUACUCGGAUAGGAUGAACUUUUUGCAACGACUAGAAAACACUUUGAUGCUCGUCUAUAGUAAAUUUAUCCAUUUUUAUUAUAUUGGACCAUCGGGAAACGAAUAUUCAAAAAAAUAUCUUGGAGUUGAUCUGUAUCAAGGAGGAGACAUCCUGUAUAAUAUAAGUUUGUUGUUGAUUAAUAGACAUUAUUCGUUCCAAACACCGAAACCUUUGACUCCAAAUGUUAUCGAGGUAGGAGGUAUUCAUAUAGAACCACCGAAGAAGCUGCCGAAGAAUUUAGAACGGAUAGUGAGUAAUUCUAAGGAAGGCGUUAUAUUGAUGAGCAUGGGAUCGACUCUCAAAGGAAGUACUUUUCCAGAAAAACAGAGAAAGUUAUUUCUAAAAGUAUUUUCACAGUUAAAUCACACGAUUCUUUGGAAAUGGGAAAAUGAUACAAUGGAAGGUCUUCCAGCAAAUGUGAAAAUCCAAAAAUGGCUGCCGCAACUGGAUUUACUUUGUCAUCCAAAUGUCAAGCUGUUCAUCACACACGGUGGAUUGUUAGGAACGCAAGAAGCAGUGUAUUGCGCUGUACCAAUGUUGAUAUUACCACAAUUUGCUGAUCAACAUUACAACGCAGCACUGUUGAAAAAAUCCGGAGCUACUCUAAAUCUCAAGUUGAGGACUACAACAGAAGAAGAACUUAUUGAAGCCAUAAAUAAACUAUUUAGUCCAGAAUUUUCUAAAAACGCCAAAGCUUUGUCAGAUCGUUUCAAAGACAGACCGAUGUCUCCAAUGGAUACAGCAAUUUAUUGGAUUGAAUAUGUAGCCAGGCAUAAAGGGGCUCCUUUUAUGAAGUCGGCUGUUACGGACUUGCCGUUUUACCAAUCAUUACUUCUUGAUGUGAUUGCGUUCCUCAUUUUAGUUAUGUUGAUUUCAAUAAAUAUCAUAUAUUUAUUUAUAAAAUAUACAGUGAGUGUAUUCAGAUUCAAAACUGAACCAAAAAUUAAAAUACAAUAAUAUA